AUGUCAGAUGGAUGGACUGAUGGAAAGGGUAGAUCUCUUACUAAUUUUCUUAUUAAUAGUCUUAGAGGGACUGUUUUUAUAAAAUCUGUUGAUACAAGCAGCUUUAUUAAAGAUGCUGAAAAAAUGUUUGAAUUACUUGAUGAGAUGGUGAUGGAAAUUGGAGAAGAGAAUGUCGUUCAAGUAGUGACAGAUAGUGCUUCAGCCCUUGUAUCUGCUGGACAAAAGUUGAUGGAUAAAAGAAAGCAACUCUUUUGGUCACCCUGUGCAGCCCACUGUCUUGAUUUGAUUUUGGAAGAUAUUGGUGGCAUUACAGUGUUCUAUAAUACCAUUUGGAAAGUAAAAAAAAUUACAACUUUCAUUUAUAGGCACACAUGGGUGUUGAAUUUGUAUAGAACCUUUUCCAAAGGUAGAGAGUUAGCUAGGCCUGCAAUAACAAGGUUUGCUACAUCAUAUUUGACAAUGCAGUCAAUUUUGAAACAAAAGACUGCACUUCGAUCUAUGUUUACAUCUGAAAAAUGGGUUAAUAGUGCUUAUUGCUCUAGGCCGGAAGCCAAAUUUGCAGAAAAUGUUGUUUUGGCUGAUAAAAGGUUUUGGAAAUCAAUACAUUAUUGCUUGAAAAUUGUGUCUCCUCUUGUGAAAGUUCUUAGACUUGUAGAUGGUGAUUCAAAACCUGCAAUGGGAUACAUUUAUGAGGCUAUGGAUAGAGCAAAGGAAGAAAUAGCAGAGAGUUUUAAUCAUGAGGAAAAGAGAUAUAAGGAUGUAUGGGAAAUCAUUGACAAGCGUUGGGAUUUACAACUUCAUAGGCCUCUUCAUGCAGCCGCCUAUUUUCUUAAUCCAAAGUUCCACUAUGACACAAAGUUCAACCCAGAUCGUGAGGUUAAAACUGGCUUGUGGAAGACAUUGGAGAAGAUGUGUCCUGAUAUUGAAACAAAGAUCACAAUUGAUUCCCAAAUUGAGAAAUUUGACAGGGCUGAAGGACUCUUUGGAAAUAGUUUAGCAAUUGCAACUAGAGCUAGGAAGCAAACUGCUUUAUGGUGGAAUAGUUUUGGAGACGACUGCAAAGAGCUGCAAACAAUAGCUAUUCGUAUCCUAAGCCUUACUUGCAGUGCUACAAGGUGCGAGAGAAAUUGGAGUGUGUUUGAUCAAAUUCACUCUAAGAGAAGAAACCGUUUAGAGCAACAAAGGUUGAAUGCUCUUGUGUUUGUUAAAUACAACCUUCAACUUGAAAUUAGGCAAAAACAAAGGGAGGAAAAAGGAGACACAUAUGAUCCUAUCUGCUUAUCAGAUUUAGAUUCUGACGAGGAAUGGAUUACUGAGCAAGAGGAGCCUUGCCUAAUGGAUGAGGAAUCUUGGAUGGAUGUUCAUGAGUGCUUCAACGUUGAUGAAGGAGACCAAAGCAAAAAGAGAAAGAGAGGUCCUCGAAAUCUUCAAGAUGAUAGGAAUGAUAAAGGCAAAGGCAUAAGAUACAAGAGGAUGUCAACAGGAAUGAUAACAGAAAAGGAUCUCAAAUUAUUGAACAAGAUAUGGGAGAUGAGUCAGAUGACUCUACUAAUGGAGAGGAUGAAGGACUAG